AGGUCCUACACAGCUGAUGUGUGAGCUGGCAAGAUGAAGGCAGCCGAUGGAAGUAAGCCAGCGGCCUCUGUCAACAGGGAUGGCUGCCACGUUAGGCGAGGCGCAGCUCUUGUCUUGGGUUUCCUAGUCGUCAGCACCGCGGUGGCCGCUGACUCUUUCGUGCCAUUGAGAAGUAGCCACCACAAGCUGGCGUCUGUCGAGGCACAAGGCAGCGAGGAAGUUGAUAUUAGACUACCCACGGCCCUCAAGCCUCUCCACUAUAUCGUCAAACUUCAACCUUUCAUCAAUGGUAACUUCAGCAUCAUGGGUUAUGUGGAGAUUGAGAUGGAAGUCCUUGAGCCGACCACCAACAUCACCCUCCAUAUUGUUGACAUAAUAACCAAGAAUGAGACCAUCAAGGUGGUGCCAUCCGACGACGUGAAUGGCACUGGCAUAGAAGUGCAGCAGAACCUCUACGACAACGACCGCCAGUUCUACACCGGGGUGCUGGGGGAGGAGCUGGAGGUGGGCAGGAACUACAUCCUCUCCAUGCAGUUCCUCGGCUACCUCAAUGAUGAGCUCAGAGGCUUCUACAGGUCUACCUACAAGGACCAAGACGGCAACACAAGGUUUAUGGCGUCGACUCAGUUCGAGUCGACGGACGCCAGGAGAGCCUUUCCCUGUUUCGACGAACCCGCCAUGAAAGCUUCCUUUGAGAUCUUCCUCGCCAGAGAGGCUUCUAUGUCCUCAAUAUCAAACAUGCCGAAAUAUGAAACCUUCCCUGUCGAGGGCCAGGAGGGGUGGGAGUGGGACCACUUCAACACCAGCGUGCCAAUGUCCACCUACCUCGUCGCCUUCGUCGUCUCCGACUUCGGCCACGUUGACUCUAAUGCCAAUGAUCACGUUCUCUUCAGAGUCUGGGUUCGUGAAGAUGCCAUACAGCAGGCAGACUACGCCAUCAAUACCGGCCCAGAAGUUCUCACCUUCUACGAGGACUACUUCAACAUACCAUUCCCUCUCCCCAAACAAGACAUGAUUGCUAUUCCUGACUACUCAGGCGGCGCUAUGGAGAACUGGGGGCUCAUAACCUACAGGGAAUCUGCUUUGAUGUUCGACCCUGAAGCGUCCUCGGCCUAUUCUAAGCAGUACGUAACGGUGAUAAUCGCACACGAGCUGGCCCACCAGUGGUUCGGCAACCUGGUCACCCCUGACUGGUGGACCGACCUCUGGCUCAAUGAAGGGUUCGCCUCAUUCAUGGAAAAUAUUGGCACCAAUCACAUCGAUCCCACCUGGAGGAUGUGGGAGCAGUUCGUGACGGAUUAUUUGCAAAUGGUGUUGGAGCUGGACAGCCUGGAGUCCUCCCACCCCAUCAGCGUCCCCGUUGGCAGACCCGAAGAAAUUGACCAGAUUUUUGACGACAUCUCCUAUUCCAAAGGUUCAUCUGUCAUUCGCAUGAUGAACGACUUCCUCACUGAGACCACAUUCAGAAAGGGCAUCACCAACUACCUCAAUGGCCAGGCGUAUUCCAACGCGGAUCAAGAUGACUUGUGGCGAUACCUGACGGAGGCUGCUCAUGAAGACGGUUCACUGCCGUCAGACACAACAGUCAAGAUGAUCAUGGACACGUGGACGCUGCAGAUGGGCUACCCUGUCAUCAAGGUGGUGAGAAGCGCAGACGGCACCUCGGCAACCCUCACGCAGGAACGAUUUUUGCUGGUGAAGAGCGCGAACUCGUCAGACACUCACGACUACAAGUGGUGGGUUCCGCUAACAUACACUAGUCAGGAUGACCCUAAUUUUAACAACACACAAGCCAUGGUGUGGAUGAAGGAUUCAGACCCAGAGAUAACUAUCUCUUCACUGCCCGGAAAGGAUCAGUGGGUCAUCUUCAACAUACAGGAGACAGGUUAUUACAGAGUGAACUAUGACGAGGACAACUGGAACUUGCUCAUCCAGCAGCUCAACACUGACCACCAAGUCAUCCAUGUGAUAAACCGCGCUCAGAUCAUCGACGACGCUAUGGACCUCGCCCACGCUGGUCAGCUGUCAUACAACACCGCCUUGAGUGUGAAUGGAUACCUGAAGGCGGAGACGGAGUACACUGCCUGGAGAACAGCCAUAAACAACCUUGACUACCUGGAGAUGAUGUUUACUCGCACAGGAGGGUAUGGUGCUCUCAGGAGGUACUUGCUGUCUCUGUUGACUCCGCUGUACAACGCUGUGGGCUUCGACGACAACAGGAGUGACCCCCAAUUGGAUCAGUACAAGCGGGUGUUGGCCUUGACGGGCGCCUGCAGCCUCGGGUACCAAGACUGUGUCGACAACUCCGUCUCCCUCUUCCAGACGUGGAUGCUCAACCCAAGUAACACCAGCAUAGUGUCGGCCAACUUGAAGAGCACAGUGUACUGCACCGCUAUUGCUGCUGGUGGAGAAGAGGAGUGGAACUUUGGCUGGAACCAGUACCUGGCCUCCAACCUUGGCUCUGAAAAGUCCACGCUCCUCUCUGCCCUGGGAUGUACCAAGCAGAUCUGGAUCCUCUCCAGGUACCUUGACAUGGCCUUCACUGCAGACAGCGGCGUCAGGAGUCAGGACGCCUCUACCGUUUUCAGCUCCGUCUCCAGGAACGACAUCGGACGUGACCUGGCCUGGAACUACCUCAGGGACCAGUGGCAACAUAUAUCUAAUUACGUCAGCUCCUUCACCACCUUGAGUGAUCUGGUCGAAGCAGCUACCGCAGAGUUCAACACUAAUGAAGAGAAACAUGAGUUGGAGAUGUUCAAGGAGGAACACCCUGAGGACCUGCACACAGCGGCUCAAGCUGUUGAUCAAGCAAUUGAAAGAACAGCCAACAACAUCGCCUGGAUGAGCAAUAACUAUGACGUCAUCGUUCAGUGGCUGGACGACCAGGGUUUCUCCUCCCAGCUGGCCCGUCGGCCACCUCCUCCCUAGUCACUCACCUCCUCCCAGCUGGCCCGUCGGCCACCUCCUCCCAGCU